UUGCGCCAACGAUGUGCUUCGUGCACGGUGUUGGGGUGGAUACCAUUGUUGUAUCGGCUGGAUAAAUCUGUCAACUCAGAAUACAAUGCCAAGUAAAGUCAUUUAAACUUUGAAUGGAUUCUAUUUAAUAUUUGCUGAGAAGAUUCUAAGUCAUUUUGCAACAUUUUUAUCCCAAAUAUGACAUUAUUUCAGUUAUUAUUGCUGACUGCUUCCCUGAUCUCAAGUCGAUGCCUUAUAAAAGAAAACACUAAAUUACUUCUAGUGCAAGCACUUUUUCGACACGGGGAUCGAGCUCCUACCUUCUUAUACCCGACUGAUCCAAAUUGUGAAGAAAACUGGCCCUUGGGAUUGGCAGAGCUAACAGAGAUUGGACGGAAGCAACAUUAUGCAGUCGGGAAAUUUCUUCGCUAUUUAUACAAGGAUUUUGUUACUUCAAAUCCGAGAGAGGUCUAUGUGAACAGUUCAGCAAUUAAUCGGUGCCUAUCCAGUGCUGCUGCGAAUCUUGCCUCCUUCUACGCACCCGAAGAAAAAUGGAAGUUCGAAGAAGAUCUCGAAUGGCAGCCCAUCCCCAUUCAUUACCUCCCGCCGAAUAUGGACAAAAAGUACUACAAUCUCAUCAUUCCAGAAUGGGCAAACUACUAUUGGAAUGAAAUACAAUAUAUAGCUAUGUUGGUUUUCAAGGCUUUCUACAGUUCGCCCAUUCAACUCAGAUUGCGUGCCGGGCCUUUCCUGGAAACGGUAGCUGAAAAUCUAAAAAACAAAAUAGAUAAGAAUUCUCCGCAUUUGAAAGUUGUAGUAAGUUCUACACACGAUGUUAAUGUCGCCGCAGUUCUGCUAGCACUGAAUUUUACGAAUAUGGAACGACCUCCAUACUGUGCAACACUACUGUUUGAACUUCAUGAGAUGGCCGAUUACUCGAUGGCUGUGCGUCUUCUCUACAUGAAUUCCACGGAUCCUCUCGCCUACAUGGGAGAACCCCGUGUUCUUUUUCUGGAUGGCUGCUCUGAAUUUUGUCCCGUAGAACACUUCAUUGAAAGCUUUCAGUGGUUGAUACCCGGUAACUGGGAAAAGGAGUGUCAACUAGAUGUACCAGAUAUUGACGAAGACAGAUGA